GGUAUAUAUCAUUAUAUGUGGUACUAAUUUUCUUAAUGAAUUAAACCACUACUUUGAAUACCUAUCUAUUCAUGUUGUUCGGUUGCGGGACGGUAAGUAGUACGAUCUAUUCAAUAACUCUUUGGUUCUCUAGGGUACUGCUGACACUUCUGGGGAACUGUCGACUAACAAAUCACAAUCGCAGACACAGAUAGAGAUUACUAACUCCAGUACACUUUAUUCCUGUCCUACCACAAGUCGUCCGAUCGUGUAUCAAAGUCCUAAAGUACCUCCACGACGGUCACCUCCCGAAAUGCCCCCGAAACCGAAACUACCUGUCGCCAAAGAACACACUGAUACCAAAACGAAUUCCCCGCCCGCCAAAGAAUCGAAUUCUAACGUGUCCAGCUCCAAAUUUCCUGCGGACGAGCAGACUACGAAAUUAGUUAUCGAUGAAAAAAGUACUAGUGUCUCGAAGGAGGAUUUAACGAAAGUUACGAGUUCCUCACCGACAUUAUUAGACUCUACCAUCGUAGAUGGUUGUUCUCCCUCGCUCGCCAGAGUGGCAGCCGUUCCGACGAACCUCCAGCUAGAGUCUACCGCUACCUCAACUUCGAACUGUACCGCGAAAGAAGUUUCAAAGAGCACACCAGUUACAUCUCCGCGUGCGGCAUCCAAAAUACCCACGCCUCUUCCCAGAAAGACAAUAGCCACGAAAUGUUCUCCAAGCAGUUCCACGUCCUCCCUAAGCCCGCCUACCUCGCCAUCCUCCCCGAAAACGCCAACGUUAAAAGCCAGAACGUCUAACAUUAAGAGUCCGAUGUCGUUCCCACAAUUUCCAAAAGCGUCGGAAAUACCGAUUCCAGUCGGUUCUAACGUAUCACCUAGCUCAAGUAUCCCCGUCUCGCCCUCCUCGAGUCUUGACCACUCGCCUCUGGCCUUCAGCGCGAAACAACAUCCGACCUCUCCCACAUCCAACACGAAACACCAGGUGACGGUGGGUGAAGAGACACUGCCUGCGGAGAGACGGCGAACGGUGGUGGAAAUUUGCGAAAAGGUGGUGGUACCUCAGGGCAAGACACCUACGACGCCUCCAGUGACGCCAUUCAUCACCGUGGAUCGCGUCAAUGAGAAGCAAAGCUCAGCGACCGAGGUUAGGAUUGAUCAGCAAUCUAGCAGCCCCUCGAGAAAAUCUUAAGAAACUGGGGAGAUCGAGAAUCCUCGAAUCGUUCGUUCUCCCCUUGGCUAUCCUUUGCGUAGCACAUUGUCUUUCGCCCUUCUGUUAGACCCAGCUUCGUCUAACUUCCAUUAGAUCUUGUACAUAAGAAUGGGCUUUAGAAGCGGAUGUCCAAGCGGCGGGAAUAGCCAGAAUCGUUCUGUAGGUAUGGGUUUGAAAACCGCACACCAACGGCGAAGUACUUUCUUACUAGCUUCUAUCAAAACUACCAGAAUAAUUCCAAUAUCGUGCCUCGUUUUAUAUUAUUAACCAUCGAUCUUCAUUACAUGAAUAUCUUGAAUAUAAAACGCGUUCCGAUCUUGAUGAUACCACCGGCAAAUCAUUUUCGUGUCUCGAAUCUAUCAGAUCAGGAAACUGAAUCCCGCCACUUAGGACACCCGGAUAAUGUAACCCGUCUUCGCCUAUCGCUUCCACACGUAUUUAUUACCCGUCAUUACGCAAAAAUCUCGCUGGAAACGAUGGUGUGAGACCAUAGCUAACGAUGUAAAUAGACGAUGCAGGAGCAAAACGUACAUAAUAACCCCAAGUAUCGAGUAGAAUUAGAACAGGUAGCAGGAAACACGUACUAGCUGGAGCUAAACGGACGUACAUAUAUCUAUGAACGCCGCAUCGGUAAUCGCGGAAAUAUAGUGGCCUAAUCGAACAUUUCGGACCUAAUCACCGAUGCCUAACGACCGAUCGACAUUGUGAUAUGAAAAUUAAGAAAACUCGCCGAAACGAUGUUAACGAUACUCUCAUAAUGAUAUUCAACUAAGGACUCUUGAGUGCUGGAAAAACGAAGGAUCGUAUAAAAAAAAGAAAACUAAUCGCGAGUAUUAGAGUUCUCUGAACGUGAGACUUCGUUUUAGAUUAACUUGUAUUCGAUCUUAAACCGACUUGUCGACGGUUGGCGCGCACUAGCGGAUAAGAAUCGAUUGUAACGCUUGAGAAAGGCGUAUGUGGUUAAUGAAAUAUAAAAUUCAGUGAACAGAGAAAUUUGUCGUAUCGUGUUUCCAUCGUAACCGCAAACAGCAUCGAGAUUUUCAGAAACGGAUUUUCAAGCACGAAUGAAUCCAAAUUGCGAAGACUGAAAACAAUUGAUAUGGUUCAUCCAUACGUGAAAAUUAAUUGCCGAUGAUUCACUUCUGCUUUGAAACAUCCUAAUUCCGAUUUAAUACGUGAUAUCAAUAAUCAUUAUAGAAUGCAUUCAAUUUCGAUAGACAAUACACUGCCAUAUAUCAAUUUACAGUUGCAAAACGUUGAUCGAUUUAUUAUUGACUUCGUUGUCUUGAAAAAUGUUCGAAACAAGAGGUGGUAAUUUUACUGUAGAUGUUCGAAACGUCUGGAUCCCAAAUAAAAAAGAAACCGUACAAAUUUUCAAAUCAUCUUCUACUAAUUUGUUCACUAAAGAACCCGUUGUAGUCAAUCUCAAUUUCUCAAAGAAAAAAUCUUUUAUACUAAUCAAUAACGAAUGACAUCGAAAAUUGUCUUAUCUUGCCUCCACGAUACGUAUCGAUGGUAAACAAGUUGACUCGGGCUUCGGGUCGAGUCCAGUUGCGAUCCAACAACGAACGCGUUCAAAGUGUGGUCUUCUCGUGAACCGUGGCUCGGAGGUCGGGCGGAGUGAUAUUUAAUUAUUACUGAAGACGCUCGUAAUUGACCCGUGCCACGAUAAAAGUGUCCUGAAUUGUCCCGAUUGAUCGUUCUAUUAUCUCAAGACGUCAGGUUCGUUCCUCUGUGACAUACGCAUAAUCAGCGCAUUGAAGGAGUCGACCAACUAGAUGUGACAAGAAUCAUCAUCGUGCAAUUACAAUCGAGUGUCCUAAAUUGUAAGCUUCGCUACUGUACAGAGGUAAGACGGCGCUUUCUAUUGCUCGAGCUAGCAAUAAACCUCACAGACAUGUGUUUUCCCCCACAACUUGUUCUACUAUUUAGUUAUCCUGCUUAUCGCUAGUUUUCAUAUUGGCUUCCGACCCGAGAUUAUGCAUGGCUCAAACUGAAUUUAUUUUUUAUCAGUUCCCCAGUCUUGCGUCAAUCGUAUCGACACAUUAUCUUUUUUUAUUACCUACCUUUUAGGAAUUUUCAAACACUAUUUCACGAAGCAAAAUAAUACAUAUAGAUUAAUAUUCAAGGUUGGAUAUUAUUGUAUAUGUCAUGUAGAAUUUAGGCACUCAAAUCACAAAACAUUUAUCUUAACAUUCUUAAUAUCACUUUAUCCGCAAUUAUUAAUAUAUGUAUAUAUAAGAAAUCUUCUAUACGUUACUUAUAUUUUUACAGAGAUGAUAAGGUGAUUGCGAAAUGUAAUAAACUCUCACAAUUCAUUUUUUAAGCUAUUACAAAGCAUGUUCUAUUUAAUGACUUUAGUGUUAAUCUAAUCAUUGGAAAUUUGCCGAUGUGUAUACUAUAAUACAACUAUCUUGCACCGUAAUAAAAGAACGUAAUCAUAAAAUAAUUCUUCUCGGAUUAUAACAUUUUCUAAGAAGUAAUUAAACUCACCGAUAAUGAAUUUUUUAAAAUUAUUGUUGAACUUGAUGAUCCAAGAUGCUAAUUUAAUGACUCUAAAUCCGGUCACGUUUGCUUCUUAGAGCAAUUGUGUAUAACACUGAACGAAGAUAGCAUAAUCGUAGAAUGAUAUAUGUGUAGAGGUACUUUUGUUAUAAGUAACAUUUUUACCACAGCAUUUCAACGCAUGAUAGGAAAUGUAUUAGUAAAUGUUUAAUCUUGCUUUUUGUCAUCGGGCAUUAGGUUGAAAAAUUUAUUUCGGAAAUCUUCUCUAAAUCAACUCUAUUUCUCCCAUUUAUAUCUGUUAUAUCUGUAAAAUACUUUUUCAAUGUUCAACAAAACUUCAGACACUGUCAUUUUUUAUUAUAUUUCAAAUUCAAUUCGUUGUAGCCCAAAAUAUAAAAAAGUGAACGCAGUUUUCGUCAUGGAGUAAAGAAUAGAAAUGAUAAUGUUUCUAGUGAAUAAUGCAAGAUAAUUAUCAGCAAUAAAAGUCACAUAUCUGAACCUACCCAUAACUACAUACAGAUAAAAGAUGUUAUCAUUAUUGCUGAAAAAUCUUAUCCUUAUUUAGUUACUUAAUCAUUAUUAAUACUGAGGUAUAUGACGUGAUACUUGCAUUGAAACUUGCGAAAUGACAAACUGCAUGCAGAAUGCUUCAUUCAGUGACUAAAAGUGCACGCGAUGUGGUACAGCAGGAGUAACGGAGCAAGAUACAGUGACAAAGUUGCCUGUUCACUUAAUAAUUCCUUAAAUGAUAAUAAGCACUGGGCUGUAUGUAUUCGAAAAUAAUUAGCCAUUUAUUCACAGAUAUUAUACGAUAUAAAUUGCUCAAUUCUGAAACCAUAUUCUACUUUAUGUUAUAUAUAUUUAUCAUUGCCAUUUUCUGAAUGCGUGAAUUUUCAUUUACCCUUUUUAAUUAAUCAGCUCUCACAGACUAACUUCUCAUUUUGUACGUUUAUUCCUGCACGAAUUUUACACAGAAGUUCACGUUAGUUAUGCAUGACCGAUGGUGUAUCGAUGUCUAUCGAAAAAAACAAAAAAAAAACAAUAGC